AUGGGUAUGGCACGGCAAUUAUUUUUUUUCGGGUUAUCUGAGGCAGACAUGCCAAUCCUGCGCCAGGUGCAAUGGCACUACACCAAGAAGACGCUCUACCGAAACGAUGACCACGAUGAGAUCCAGGGACAGAUCGACAAGCUGGCGUAUGGACCCGAGGUAUCGGACACUAGUUCAUUUUCCUUUGGGUGGGAACGUGACAUCCGUGAGAAGCCGGAUGUCGGCAACGGCUCUGACGAAGAACCGUUUCUGCGAUUGGAGAGCCUGUACGUGAAAGCGCUGUCAUCGCUUCGCAAAGUUUUCACUGCUGGGACUGGCCAGCAGUUGCUGGCCAAAUACGUUAUGGACAAUACUGAAGUUGAGCAACCGAACGCCGUGAACCAAGGUUUUGGUGUGGAUUCCGACUACACAUACCUGAUGUGCUUAUACCGCGUGAUGACUAAGGUUCAUGAAAAGCUCAAAGGAAUACCGGACAGUUUGUGCGAGGAAGUGUAUGACGAACAGAUGACGGUUGUACUGGAGAAGUGGUCACGUGAAGAGCGGAUGGUCGGGUUUCGGAGCCACUUCAACAACAUUUGGAUGAAGAGUGAGUUUUGGCGGUGGCAGGGUUUCAACGGAUCAAGUGGAUAUGCCACCACGAGCAAUCCUGUGGAACAAUUCAACCGACUGAUCACGUGUCCAUCCCACGUGGGUUCUCUCGGCAGUUCCUUGCGAAGCCACGUCUGGUGCUGA